AUGAAGUUCAUGGAAAUUCCUUUUAACGGUAAGUUGGCAUCUCCUAUUAUUGCAGCAGCUUUAUGUCAAAUACACCAGGGAAAUGUUUUGAAAUUAAAGUAUAGUUGUAACCAGAUUUUAAUAUUUACUGUAAUCUUACAACAUUUCUUUUAACGUUGAAUAUUAUUGCUGACAAAAUAAAUGUUUAUUGCUCUGCAAUGCAAAUAUGUGAACAUCUAUCUUGAUACAUUGCCUGAUGUGGUACCUUUCUUCUCUUGCUAGAUCACUGCUACAGUAGUUUCAUAACAAAGACGAGCGGAAAUAAUGGCAGCCAUCGUAACAGGGCUCAUCCCAAUCCUCCGCACGGCAGUGGACACCACCACCACCUACAAGUGCCGCUCGCUGUGGUUUGGCUUCCUCUGCAUGCGCCUGGUGGUUCUGUUCGUGGCCGAGAUGCCCUGGUUCAAGCUGGACUCGGACUUCAGCUGUAACACCACCCAGGACAUGUGCACCCGAGGCUGCUUCAAUCAACACUUUGACAAGCCUGUCAUGGUGGCCUGGAACUUCUUCUUCAUCCUCCUCAUCAUGUCUGUCCUCCUCAUGGAGCUCUUUGCCUCCCACCUCCGCUCCGCUGCCCAGAAGAGGAGCUCCCGGCAGAGGAAAACUACCGGGGAGUUGGAGGCCCAGGGGAAGAGUGUCAGUGUGCCUGAAUCUGAACCCCCAGGGAAGAUGGUGAUUGACCUCCACAAAGACAGGGGCACUGUGGGCUUCUAUCUGCUCAGCACCGUGCUGCGUAUUAUGGUGGAGGUCUGGUUUGUCUAUGUGCUUCUGUCCUGGAACCUACCUAAAGUAGAUGAAGGACCAUUCAAGUGUAAAUCAGGUAUCUGCCCAGAGAUACAUAUUUGCUUGGUGAGGGCGGCACCAGAGAAACGUAUGUCUAUCUAUGCUUUAGCCUCUGUUUCAGGCCUGGUCAUUGUAACUUCUGUCUGGUUCUGUUUGUACUCUAUUUUCCACUACCUCUGUAAAUGUUAAGCCUGCAGGGAACCCAUACUGCACUGUUUUAACUAUAAAUGUGUAAUGUGUAGGUGUAACAUUGGAUUUACUGUUUUCAUUUUUUUUUAAUCAUGUGUCAUGUCUGUGCCAGCUUAAAAGGCUAAUAAUGCUAAAUAAUCUGUCCAAGUUUCCUACAUUUUCAUUCUUGGCAGCAGUUUUUACUGUUCAAACUAUGUUUAUGGGUGUAGAAACACCUAUCUGAUGGUGUGUCUGAGUCAGGCAUUUCUAGUGCUUUCUGGUCAGGGUGAAAAUACAUGCUAAGCUAGAGAAGGAGUGAUACAGUGCCUUCAGAAAGUAUUCACACCACUUGACUUUUUCCACAUUUUGUUGUGUUACAGCCUGAAUUUAAAAUGUAGAUUUUUUUUGUCACUGGCCUAAACAAAAUACCUCAUAAUAUCA